UUGCGGGACAGAGGGAGUAAAAGAGUGAUGGAUGAAAUGGAAACACUUAUUUAAUGGCGGAUGGAUAUAUUGACAUGAAUAAAUAUUGUGGUAAGCUGUCACAAUUCCCACCCGAUUGUCACCAUCUCAAUCCAUGGCUGAAACAACCUCCAUCAACCCCCAAAAUGGCUUCUGCCCUCAAACCAGAACAUACCACAGUCUCCGCCCCGCCGUCCCUCUGCCUCCCCCGUCUCAGCCCCUCUCCAUCUUCCAAUACGCCCUCUCCCUCCUCCACUCCUCCUCCUCCGCCCUCUCCACCACCCCUUUCCUCAUCGAGGCCGCCACCGCCCGCCACCUCACCUACUCCGCCUUCCUCCGCCACGUGUCCUCCCUCUCCGCCUCCCUCAAACCCCUCCUCUCCCAAAACGACGUCGCCUUCAUCCUCUCCCCUCCCUCCCUCCACAUCCCCGUUCUCUACUUCUCCCUCCUCUCCCUCGGCGCCGUCGUCUCCCCUUCCAACCCCCUCUCCUCCCCCUCCGACCUCUCCCACCAAAUCUCCCUCUCCCGCCCCGCCAUCAUCUUCGCCACCGCCGACUCCACCAACAAACUACCCCAAAUUGAUGUUCCCAUUAUCAUCCUUGACUCGCCCUUGUUCCUCUCCAUGCUCCAAUGCGAAUCAGCGUCGCAUUCGAGCUUAGUCGCGGCCGCGGUGGUGGAUCAGUCUGCUGCGGCUGCGAUCCUCUACUCCUCCGGGACCACGGGGAGGGUGAAGGGAGUCGUGCUGACUCACCGGAAUCUGAUCGCGCUGGUGGCAGGGAUGUAUCACAACAAGUUGGGUGAAGAUGAGGUGGAAAGUGCUCCUCACCCGGUGUCGAUUCUGACGGUGCCGCUGUUUCAUGUGUUUGGAUUUUUCAUGCUGAUCAGGGCGGCGGCGCUGGGGGAGAGCGUGGUGCUCAUGGAGAGAUUCGAUUUCGUCAAAAUGCUGGAAGCGGUGGAAAGGUACAGAUAAAAAUCUACGGAUUCUAUUUUAAAAUCAAUUGGUG